GGGAGUGCAGGUCAGUCCAGCUGGAGAAGGGAGUGGCCGCAGCCUGGAAAGGAUGGGAAUGCUGCUACGAGCAGCCAUGCUCCUGAGUUCCCUUCUCCUCUGCAGUGCAUUUUUGGAUCUGAGUGGCCCCAGUGAGAUCAAAGCUGUAUGGAAGGGAUCUAUCACUCUGCCAUGUGCCUAUGUCCCUGUGGAGGACCUUGAGCAGCAAACCCUCACCUGGUCUGUGGUACAUGACCAGAGCUCAGGCACCAUCUUUUGGAGAGAUGGCUCUGGGGACCAUGUGCUCCUGUCUGAGUACAGGGACAGGGUCAGUGUCCCGAAGGACACCCCAGGGAACGUGUCUCUUGUCAUCCUGAACCUGGAGGUCUCUGAUAGGGGAACCUACACUUGCCAGGUCACCUGGAGAGCCAGCAACAACAGCCUGAUAGCAAAGGAGAUCGUGACAAAAAUGGAGGUUGUUAAAGUGGCAGCCACCAAGCCCAUCAUCAGGGCCGGCGAGCUGGGGCUGACGGUCCCGGCCGGAGCCAGCACCAGCCUGACGUGUGAGGCCAGCGGGUCCCCCCCCAUCAGCUACCGCUGGUUCCGGAGCACCCCGGGGGGGAACGUCCUGCUCCAGAGCAGCGGGGCCGAGCUGGCGUGGGACAGCCUGCGGCCCUCCGACAGCGGGAUGUAUUUCUGCGAGGCAGCAAACAGGGCUGGGGGCGCAGCGGGCCAGCAGAGCGACACCGUGCAGCUGACAGUGACAGAUCUGCCCACAACAACAGCGGCCUCGUGGAGGGAUGUGGGAACCCCAGGGAGACACCACCUAACCACAGAAAAAACCCAAACAGAGCUGGUGUUCAGAGGUACCUCAGGAGUCUCCUGGACUCCAUGGGGCUCCAUCACUACUACAGAUCUGCCCAUAACAGUGACUGCAGUGACUUCCGAGAGUGGUGUGGGAUAUCCAGAGAGGAAUUAUACAACUCAGGAUUUCCAGAGGACCGGCCUGUCCCUGUACCUGGUCAUCCUGAUUGCUGUGGUGUGCGGUGCUGUGGUUUUCCUUGUCAUCUGUUUGAUCAUUUGCAUUAGAAAGCCCAAAGAUGCUCAAGUCUAUGACGUAAAAUUCCAUAACUCGAGAGCAGCAGCAUCUUCAAGGCAUGAAAGCACAGGGCACUAUGAGGAACCCAUCUGCUUCACUGAAAACAACUAUGUGACGGAGCCCAUGGAAAACAAAAGCGCUGAAGUAAAUAAGAGUAUGUCUGACUGUGCUGGAAACCCCCAGGAACAUGAGUAUGAAGUAGGGGACACUUCCUAAGAGCCAACAGUGCUCUGCAGGUACCAGUCCUGAAGAGCACCUUCACCCAGGCAAAAU